AUGCGAGGGGUACUGGCGGUCCUGGUCGCGCUCUGCUGCGCGGCCGCAGUCUCUGCGAUCUACGAGGACCAAGUCGGCGAGUUCGACUGGCACCGCGCCGGCCUCGGCGAGGUCCACCACGUCGCGUUCCCGUCCAAGAACUCGAAGAACUUUCUCGUGACCAAGGCCAUGUACGUGGCCACGGAGGCCAACGUGCUCGCCAAGGUGGACCUCAAGACGUCCGACGUCGCCUGGCGCCACGUCCUCCCCGAGGCCACGGCUGUGGAGGACCUCGUCUUUUGCGACACCCACGAAAGCGUCGUGUCUGUCUCGUCGUCGCGCGCGUCGGCGGCCUCGACCCGCGACGCGACCUUGGUGCGCCAAUGGGACGCCGUGCACGGCCAUCUUCUUUGGCAGGCGUAUGUGCCCGUCGCUGCCCCCGCGGAGACGCCGUUUGCCGCAGCCUACGAGGUGCGCAGUGCGACGGACGAAACCAUUUUGGCCGUUGUCCGCAACGCCGACGUGACGAUCCUCGGCUUGCGCGCCGGCGACAUCUUGCGCACGGCCGCCUUCCCGCACGCCUUUUCCCAAGUCCUCUCGACCAAGCUCUCGGUGGACGCGACGAAACUCUACAUUCUGGGUCUCGACAGUGUCUCCAAGACCAAGGUGGUCGUGCAAGUCGUCUUGAAGUCGGCGUCGACGUCGGUCUUGUCGCUUGCCCACGCCAACGAUGUCGUCGGUCUCUACCGCGACGACGACCAGGACCGUGUCGUGGCUGUCGCUGUGAUCGAAGAUGGGUCGUCGUUGCACUUGCAGGCGCUGUACGACCUCGCCGUCGUCAACACGAUCGCGAUCGCGUCGCUCGAGCUCUCGAACCCGACGCCGGCGACGCCGCUCACGUUUGUCGGUAUCGACAAGUCGGUCGCCCACGCGUUCGUCCUCGUGCUCUCGAACGGCAAGCGCCUCUUUGCGCGCGUCUCGUCCAGCUUGGCGCUGACCGUGCUCGCGUCCUUGCCCAGCUCGGGCUUCCUCAUCGCCUCGGCGCAGGCGCCCGGCAUCCUCUUCCACGCGUCGCUCCACGCGGCGCAAAACCGCGUCGCGCUCGUCUCGUACCACGCCGACGCGUCGCCGUCCAUGCACCUUGAAGCGUCCAUUGACGUGGCGCUUUACGGCCGCGCGAUUGCGCGUGGCUUUGCCGGCGUCUCGUUCAAGAAGACCGGUAAAACCAUCUCGGUCGUCCGCGUCGGCCUCGUCAUGGCCGAUGCGAGCUUGAUCCUCCUCUCGAACGAGAAGCCGUCCGACGCGAUCAACCCGGGCCUUGUCUGGAUCCGCGACGAAGCGCUUGCGUACGUCACCAAGGCGUACUGGGUCACGCCUGCCGGCGUCGAAGAGCAGGCGCUCAGCGUGAUUCCGUCGUUCACGGAAGAACUCGCGCUCGAAGGCAAGAAGCUGCUGCACUUUUUCCAGACGCUCGGCGCAUCGCCCGCCAAGACGGCGUCGGAAACGUCGCAGUUUUUUGGCUUCUCCAAGCUCUUGAUCCUCUCGACAUCGACGGGCAAGGUCUAUGCGCUCGCCUCCGAGACAGGCGACAUCGUUUGGUCCCGCUACGUCGGCCGCGACCACCGCCUCGUGGUGACACGGGACCACCCGGCGUUCGGCGCCGGGGCCGAACUCCUCCUCGUUGGCGCCGACUCGCGGCUCACGUGGAUUGACGCCGAGGACGGGCGCGUGCUCGCCUCCGAGGCGCCGACGGACGCCGCCAACAAGGACACGUAUGUUGUGCUCCUCCCCAAGCAAAAGCACCACGAGAUGACCGAGGCCGUCGCGCGCCGCGUGGUUGGCGUCGUCGAUGCGUCGCUGGACGUCGCCUUGUACCCGCCGAGCUCGGCCGUGCCGGAUGCGUUCUACUUUUACCGCUACAACAAGGCGGCGCAUGCGUUCGAGGGCUUCCACCUCGACGAGACCAAGACCGCGACGUUGGUAUGGUCGGUCGUGCUCCCGACCGACGAAAGCAUCGUCGCGCAGUCGGUGCAGGCCGAAGCCACCGCGAUCGAGUCGAGUGUCACCAUCACGGGCGACGACUCGCUCCUCGUCAAGUAUUUGAACCCGCACCUCUUUGGCGUUGCAACGCUCGAUGCGCACAAUGUGCUUCAAGUGAGCUUGAUCGACGCGGUCUCUGGGCGCAUUGUCCACCGCGCCAAGCACGCCCAGGUCGCGCCGUCGGUGCAGAUGGUUCAGAGCGAAAACUGGCUCGUCUACACCUUCUGGAGCCUCAAGACCAAGCGCACGGAGCUCGUAUCCGUUGCGCUUUUUGAGCGCGCGAUCGGCGCCCGUGAUCUGAACCCGUGGGUCCGCCCUGUCUGGGCCGACUCCAAGUCUUCCUUUGACGCCAAGGCGCCGUAUGUGCUCCAGAAGAGCUUUAUCUUCCCGAGCCCUGUCUCGUCGCUCGGUGCAACGCUCACGGCACGCGGCAUCACGCCGCAGUUUGUGCUCGUGGGCAUGGCCAACGGCCAGAUCUUCAAGCUCGCCCGCAACAUCAUCGACCCACGUGUGCCCGAGGGCCCGCCGACGCCGGAGCAGCAAGAAGAGGGCCUCGUCCAGUACUCGCCGUACAUCCAAGUGCUCGCGCAGCCCUUCUCGAUGGUGUCGCACAACCAGACGCUGCAGAAGCUCGAGGCGAUCGUGAGUGCGCCCGCCAACCUCGAGUCGACGUCGCUCACGUUUGCGUUUGGCUUGGACUUGUACUAUGUCCGCCUCGCACCCGCCAACGCGUUUGAUGUGCUGCCGUCCGACUUCAACUACGAGCUCCUUCUCUUGCUCAUUGCGGGUUUUGUCGGCGGCGCGUACGGCACCAAGCUUCUCGCGGAGCGCAAGCUUCUGCAUGAGCAGUGGAAGUAGAUACUACCUCUUCUUCUCUUCUAGACAGGAUAUGGACUGUGUAAUACUACGACAUCGAUGCCCCAAA